UAGGUUUUGACCAGUCCUUACCACACGCUGGCGGUACGGGGAGAGGGGGGAGCUCCGUCUGAACACCAACACCUCGUUUUAAGUGCAACCGUGCGCACCACAAGGCUAUUUUUCUGGUAACAUCGUUUGGCGUAUAGAACUGUGCAGCACACCAUGUCACGUUUUCUUCUUCGUAUUCCCUGUAUUUUGCUCACCAGAGGAGCUACCUCAACCACCAAACCAGUAUUAUCACACAAGGGAGCUGCUCUUUUUCGUCCUAUUCACACAUGUUCAGGUUUGCGGUCUCUAACCCGCUAUGAUGAGAGCACAGACUGGCAGAAGAAGCUGUCCCCAGAGCAGUAUGUGGUGACCCGGGAGAAGGGCACUGAAGUGCCGUUCAGUGGAGUGUACCUGAACCAUAAUGAAGCUGGCAUGUACCACUGUGUGUGCUGCGACUCACCCCUCUUCAGCUCAGAGUCCAAGUAUGACUCGGGGACGGGCUGGCCGUCCUUCAAGCAUGCCCACGGCGCAUGGGAGCGGGACGAGAGCCACGCCAGCAUCAUCCGUCGCCCCGACAACUCCCUGGGCCAUUCGGCAACGGAGGUGCUCUGCAAACACUGCGACGCCCACCUUGGUCACGUGUUUGAAGACGGCCCAGAGCCCACCGGAGAGAGGUUCUGCAUCAACAGUGUGGCUCUAAACUUUAAACCCAAGGCAAAGUAAUGGACACCAUCGACCAAUACAAGCAAGCAAAAUAAGCUCCAAAAAUGUUUUCAAACAUGUCUCAGCCUGUGUGUUGAGUGUUCGUGUCUGUAUGUGAAGCUAACUGAAAGCAUUUUAACAAGGUAGUUUUACUGUUCUUUGUGUGAUUCUUUCUGAGAGAUGGUUAAUUUUUCAAUAACAUGUCAAUACUAUUGGGAUGAUGUCAAUAAAGGUUGUGUUUUAUCUUUUAAA